GGAUUGUUUACUGACUAUGACUGUGUCGUUGUCAUGACGUGGACCGUCUGCCUCCAGCGUCGCGGUUUCCGGUUCUUGAGACACAGUGAAGUAGUACCGGGGCUGACACGGUGUCCGUUUAACUGGGAUUCAAGUGCAAUAAUGGCCAUGAUGAUGUGGUGACCUAGGCUGGGCCAGGCCAUGAGAUGAUUGCAAUUUUGCACAGAGAAAGGACGCAGCAGAGAGACUGAGAAAGAAGAAUGGGCAGGAGCAUCUGGGGCUUCUGGCAAAGCAUCGUUUCUACUGCAGUGCUCUAUGGCUCUUUGGCUCUCUUCACCUCCAUCCUCCACAAUGUCUUCCUGCUUUACUACGUGGAGACAUUUGUGUCCGUCUACAAGAUUGAUAAGAUAUCCUUCUGGGUGGGAGAGACAGUUUUCCUGAUAUGGAACAGUUUGAAUGACCCACUUUUUGGCUGGCUGAGUGAUCGCUCCCUCCUCAGCUGUCCCCAGUCAGGCUCUCAGAUCACAUCUCCAGAGGUAGUGUUGAAGCGUCUGAGGGCCCUCUCUACCAAUGGCCCUCUCUUCGCUCUGUCAUUCCUGGCCUUCUGGGUGGCGUGGGCCAGGCCGGGCCUCCAGUUCCUGCUCUGCUUGUGUCUGUACGAUGGUUUCCUCACCAUGGUUGACCUUCAACACAGCGCCCUGAUGGCCGACCUGGCCGUGUCAGCCUCUGACCGCACCCGCCUCAACUUCCACUGCUCAGUGUUCAGUGCUGUGGGCUCAGUCUCCGUCUUUCUCUCCUACUCUUUCUGGGACAAGGAGGAUUUCUACUCGUUCCGUCUCUUCUGUAUGGCCCUGGCAGCCUUUUCCAUCCUGGGAUUUUUCGUGGUUUCCAGAAUGCUGAAGCAUCGCUUUCAACAGGAACUGCAUCCGAAGCAGGACGAGGCAGUGACGCUCAAAGAGCCCAACGUUGGCCACAUUCCACUGAACCAACUGGAAAAACCAGUCACUAUCAGUUUGUACCUCAAACAGCUGUCCAAACACAGGAACUUCAUGUGGUUUGUUUCUAUGAACCUUGUUCAGGUGUUUCACUGCCACUUCAACAACAACUUCUUCCCUCUUUUCCUUGAACACCUCCUUUCUGACAACAUCUCUGCCUCUACAGGUUCUAUUUUACUGGGAAUCUCAUACAUUGCCCCCCAUCUGAACAACCUGUAUUUCCUAACACUGUGCCAACGUUAUGGGGUUUACCAGGUUAUUCGGUGGCUAUUCAUGGUCAAACUGGGACUUAGUUUGGUUAUGAUGCUGGCAGGAGCGGACCACAUAUACCUGCUGUGCAUCUUUAUUGCGAGUAAUCGGGUGUUUACAGAGGGCACGUGCAAGCUGCUAAAACUGGUCAUCUCCGACCUGGUGGAUGAAGACUAUGUGCUCAACCGUCGUCAGCAGGCCGCCUCUGCUCUCCUCUUUGGAAUGGUUGCCUUAUUGACCAAACCCGGCCAGACAUUUGCGCCGCUCAUUGGCACCUGGCUGCUUUGUGUUUACACAGGAUAUGACAUUUUUGAAAGGCAGUCUGCGAAGGACUCAUUAAUUUCAGUGCCUGACGUUGCUUCUGGCUCAGGGACUCCACCUUUACGUCUGGGCUGCUUCUACAUGUUGGUGUUUGUGCCUAUCACCUGUGCCCUGCUGCAGCUAGUGGCCUGGUCACGCUUCACUCUUCAUGGCCGAAAACUGCAAGGAAUCAAGAACAUGAGGCAGUCAACCCAGCACGGCCACCUAAUCGAUGUCAAGGCCAUAUGAACAGUUUAAAGCUGCACACAGACACUUUUUUGAAUAAAAGAGUUUUACAAUUGUUGGAUAAAUGCUAGAACAUUACGAAGCAGGAAACCACUGUCAUUAGUUCUGGACACCUUGUGAUCGAGGAUAUGGUCACCAAACAGUGUGACGGAGAGCACAAUGGAAAAUCUACAAUGGGCUGACAAAUGCCGCAGGAAGGAACAUUUUCUUUAGUAAAACUUUAUGAAUCUUGCCUUAUUUUUAUAUUACAGUAUUGACCCAUAUUUAUAUUGAAGAGGUGACCAAAAGAUGAGGUGCAAUCAAUCAGUUUGAAUGUGUCCUACAAUCUUAGAGAAUACACAUUAGCGACAUCUGGUGGUCCAUUAAAUGAUGUUUUCAAACGUUAUUAACAGGAGUUUUAAAGAUAAAUGUUGAAGUGUCGCUGUGUUGGUUCUGCAUGGAUCCUUAAAUUCAGACGUGAAUUUAAUAGUAGUUGUGUUUUGGGUUGUUUUUUUUUCGGACACAGAAUGUCUUGCCAUUUUGACAUUAAUACUGUGCUUCUUCUGUGAUUUUGUUUUUGCACAAAGACUGCCAUUUGUUUGUCAGACUUCUAACAUUCUAAUUUUGAACAGCUUUAUAUAUGGUCAUAAUACAAUGCUUUAAUUAAAUUACAUUUGUAACUCUUUCAAAACUUCACUUUUGUAAUUUUUUAAUGGCUUCAUGUUUAAGUCCAAACUUAAUUGUGCCAAAAUACACUUUAUAAACCAAA